UUGUUUUCAUUUCAUUCAAGACAUUCCUUCGGUUAUGAUUGUUUGAAGCGAUCAAAUUUGCACUGUAUUGAAGAACACGUUGUUGCAUUCACAGCAGGAAAUUACGUCGUUCUUCUGAAUGUGGUCACGAAAGAGCAGAAAUUUAUAAGAAGUACUAGCAGAGGCGGCGUGGAAGCCCUUGCUGUCCAUCCAACCAGGAAAUACUUGUCUGUUGCAGAAAAAGGCGUUGCCCCGAACAUUGUGGUGUAUGAACUACAGCCACAAUUGGUUCUUCAUCGUCUGCUGAAGAAUGGUACUGAGUUGGUUUACAGCAAUGUUGAUUUCAGCCCAGAUGGAUUGUUGUUGGCCUCCCUAGGUGGCGAUCCAGACUACUUACUGACUGUUUGGGACUGGGAGAAGGAGAUAAUCCUACUCAGAUCAAAGGCAUACUCACAAGAUAUUUAUAAAGUGGUGUUCUCAAUGGAGUUGCCUGGCCAACUGACCACAGCUGGUACUGGCCACAUCAAAUUUUGGAAGAUGGCCAAAACAUUCACAGGCUUGAAACUGCAGGGAUAUCUUGGAAAGUUUCAAAAGACAGAAAUUUCUGAUAUUGAGGGUUUCGUAGAGUUUCCUGACUCCAAAGUGCUUUCAAGUUGUGAGUGGGGCAACUUGUUGUUAUGGGAUGGAGGUCUGAUCAAAGUGGAGAUAUGUGGCAAGAACAAGAUGCCAUGUCACAGAGGUUCAAUCCAGCAAAUCAUUCUGAUGAAUGGAGUUGUGAUCACCGUUGGAUUGGAUGGAUUCAUCAGGGGUUGGGACUUUGGACAGCUGGACAAUUCGGACAUCAGUGGAGAAUCAGAAGCUGUAGAAGUUGAGCCGAUAUAUGAACUCCACAUUCCUGGAGCUCAUUUAAAAUGCAUAUCCAAACUCACGAUUGACAAGAAAGUCAUCGACAAUGUUGAUGACGGUGCAGGUGCAAUGUGGAGAAUUAACCUCUCCAUGUCUGAUCCAACACAUUCACUCCAACCGCCAACUGAGUCGUUACCAUCUCCUGCAACUUCAUUGCUAUCAUCAUCCACGCCUGAAUGUUUAUUUAGAUCACAUUCCGGACCGAUAUCUUCAAUCUGUGCAUCACCUCUGCUUUCCUUCAUUGCCUCCAUCGGAAUUGACUGCACAGUAAGAGUAUAUGAUUACAACAGUUGUAGUAUGGUGGCAUGCCACAAGUUCAGCUCACCUGGUAUGAUGAUACUCUGGUUGCCAACCGAGGUUGACGCAUGGGGUAACACAAUUGUGGCUGGUUUUGAAGAUGGAGUCGUAAGAGUACUCCAAUUAACUUUGAAGUCUGACAUUUCAAACAACAAAAACAAUGACAUCAAACGCGAUUCCUCUACGCAUGACUCCAACUUGCCAAUGGAUUUAUUACUUGUGCAAGUGUUGAAACCUCACAAACAUCGUGUUAGCACAAUGGAUGUUCUGCCUGGUUCACAGCUCUUAGCAACAGGGUCAUAUGAUGGCACAGUAUUCUUCCUGAAGAUCAACCGGAUGUCUGCUGACGAUAGCGUCAGUGGUGCUUCUGUUGAAUGUUCAACAAAUAACAAGGAUGUCAACAUCUUGGAACCGCUCGGCUUCAUCACAACUCCUUCCAGAGUUACUUAUGCCAAGUGGUCCUCUAACCAGGUUAGAAGAGAAAGCCUGCUUGUUUGCUGUGCGGGCGGAGAAGUGAUGGAAGUUGAAUCACCCAGCCACUUGGAUAUCAACAACAAACAUACUUACAUGCUGGACAAGUUGAAAUUACGGAGACAUUCAUUCAAAAGUAUUAAAUCAUACAUUGAGGUCAGGAUUAGGGAAAAGGAGCUUGAAGGAAUGAAAAAGAAUGCAUUAAAAAGAGAGUCUUCAAUUGAGUCAGAACCCUGGAAAGCUACCACCUCUAACAAACCAUCACCUGUUAUGUGGGGACUUCCUGUUGUGUGUGUAGGGACCAACUCUGUCUGGAUAUCUUUGGCAGAUUAUGAUGCUGGAUUCCUGUAUCAGGUGGAGUUUGAUGAUGAGCAGUUCACAAGCAUAGAUGGUGUCAAAAAUGAGAACAUCAGCAGCGAGGACAUAUCAAGCGACGAGGUGAAAAAUGAAAAGAGUAACGACGCCAGCGAACAGUACCUCAUACUUGGAUUCAACAAUGGCUGGUUGAUGUUUUAUGACAAGCAGAACUUUGGCCCAUUGUCAAACACCAACUCAUCUUACUGGGCACUGAACAUUCACGAUGGAAACUAUGGCAGAGUGACAGGGGUGUCAAUGAGUUAUGAUGGAAAGUACCUCUUCACAGCUGGAACUGACGGAAAUCUGUUCAUGUUUAAGAUAAAUCUCGAAAUGUAUUUAGAUGAGGACGUCGAUGCGGCAAAGAGAACAAAUGCCAAUAGUUUGCAAGCGCAAGUAACAACUGAAGAUAUUAAAGACUCAAAAGCUUUCAGCAUCGAAGAAGCUUGCAAAAAGUUGGAAUAUGAUGAAAUGAUUCGAUCAUCUGAACUAAAAAAGUUCAAUGUCAGAAAGCGAAUUAAAAAACUAACUGAUGAAUUUGUAGAGUUGUGGCAGGCCAAUAACAUGCUGCCCAAGUUUUUGAAGCUCCACGAAAAGGUCAGCUUGCAGUUAACUAUCUCUGAACUUGUUAAAUUUUGA